UCACCAUUUUCCACUUCCAACUACAGCUCUCACACUUUCCAAGAAAACGGAUGUCUGGUUCUUCCGGAGAUUUGGAUUCUGUUCCGUUUCAUUCGACGUGUAAAUUAGCAGUUGAAGAGGAGCAUUCGAUCAUGGUUUCGGCACUGACACACGUGGUCAGCGACGGCAGAAUUGGGCUAACCCACACCCAGUACCAGCUUCUAGCAGCUUUUGACGACGCUCAGCUUCCAGCUAUUGAACUCUGGUUUCCCAGUGGCGACACGUGCGAGGUAUGCCGGAUUGUUGGCUGCUUGGGAUGCAACUAUUUCCAAGACGGAAAUUAUAAUCAUAAUCAUAAUCACAAUCAAAUUCAAAAUGUUGUGCCGGUAGAAGAAGAUGAGGAGAAAGAUCAAGAUGAAGAGAAGAAAAUAAUUGUGGGCAAUAAGAAGAGAAGGAUGAAGAGGACAUUCAGGGGAGUGAGGCAGAGGCCUUGGGGGAAAUGGGCAGCCGAGAUUCGUGACCCGAGACGGGCCACCAGAGUGUGGCUAGGCACUUUCGACACAGCAGAGCAAGCGGCGAGGGCUUAUGACAGAGCUGCCAUUGAGUUCCGUGGGGAUAAGGCCAAGCUCAACUUUCCUGCUUCAGAUUACCAAACCACAGAGCAGGAAGAGAAACCCAAAUUGGAAAUCCAGGAAUGACGGCCCUUCUUUAUAUACUUCCGUAUAUGGAAGCUUCUUAAUUAAUUAAUUAAUUAAUUAAUUAAUUUAAGUUUUUUAUUUUAUUUUAGAAAAAAUAGAGGUACAGCUCCACAGGGAGGGCUGCAUCCGAAAUGUGGCAGCCUUGUUCUGCGUUUUUAUAUAUGAUACAAGGCAUCUCCAUCUCUAUGUUAGUUAACUAAAAUCAAGGAAGAUGUAGAGGAUGGGAGCAUUUGGGGCUCUAAGUUAAGAACAUGUGUUUGGAUGAGCUCAGCUACGUCACUAUCAGUCUUGCAGUUGAACUGUCAAUCUAUAAAAGGAAUAAAAUGAAUAUAUGUUCUUUUCCCUCCAACAAGUCAACGAACUGCGGCAGGUUAUAAUAGAAUUCAAGGCCAAAAAAAGGAAAAAAAGAUAUUAUAUAGUCCAGGCUGGAUUUAGUUGUGGACGGCGGUGAACCACCCAGCUUUACGAGAUGUUUUGUUGUACAUUUCAGGUGUGGGUCAACUGUGGCACUGGACUUGGUUCUUUUUCAUUGUGGAUUCAGUUUUAAAAGACAGAGUCAAAAGCCAAAAUUACGCGAAGUCCAUGUCGUAUCAUUUUACUAAAUCUAAUUGGUCAAAGAUUUUUCAU